AUGAAACUUUUCUCUAAAAUUAAAUUUAUAACAUCAAAUCAUGCUAAAAUUAUGACAAAAUGUACAGCUUUGUUAUUAAUUUAUGGACUAAUAACCAUUUCAAUAUUUCCUACAACUAUAACUUGUCAAAAAAUUAGUUGGGGUGUUGUUCAUUCAAUUUCACAACUAAGGGAAUUACUUAUCACAGAUAUACCAGAUGAUAAUCUUCAACCAGACAGUUUAUUACAGUCUCCAGAGAAUAAUAACAUUAAACAGAAACCUGAUGUUGCUGCUGCCGCUGAUCAUGAUGAUGAUUCAACAUCGGUAAAUAGAUUAAAUAAAAAUAAUCACAAUACUGAAGUAUAUCAUCGUCAAACAAAUUCUGACUUACGUUUUAUCGAAGCAUCAAAAUCACAAAAUUUAAAUUAUCCACAAACAAAUAGAAAUUAUAUGAAUACAGAUUUAAACACAGAGAAUUAUAGUCAUGAACGAUUAAAUCAAACUCAGUUGGAACAAACAAUUCAGGAUAUGAAUAAUAAUAAUAAUAAUGACAAUAUAAUGACAACAGAAACAUUUGUUGGUCCCGAUGGAAAAUUACAAAUGAGUAUAUGUGAUCAUCCAAAUGGAUUUUUACGUAGACAAAAAAAAUUAUGUCGUCAGUAUUUACAUUUAAUGGAAAGUGUUAUACGUGGCUAUUUUAUGGGUUUAAAAGAAUGUGAAUAUCAAUUUUCUGCGCAUCGAUGGAAUUGUCAAGGUCAUAAUUUAACCAUUCAAACAACACCGCAUAGUCGAAAACAGAAACGUCUAAGAUAUAGAGAAUCUGAAUUGAAGAAUGAUAUGGAUAAUUCACGAAGAAAAUCUCUACGUAUACAAACAUACUUAGAUAAACUUUUAUCAAAAGGUACAAGAGAGUCGGCUUAUGUUUUAGCUGUCACAUCAGCCGGUGUAUCACAUGCAGUGACUAAAGCAUGUAGCAGCGGAUUACAUGAUAAUUGUGGAUGUGACAGAACAAUUUAUGAUCAUCCUAGAGAACCGAAUUUUGAAUGGUCCGGUUGUUCAGAUAACAUACAUUUUGGAGCAGCAUUUUCAAGACAAUUUCUUGAUGUACGUGAACGUAACCGAUUGAAGCGUAAUCCAAAAUUGGGCCUAACCAAUUUACAUAAUAAUCAUGUAGGAAGGCAUAUGGUUAUCAAUAAAAUGGAAGUUCAAUGUAAAUGUCAUGGUGUCAGUGGAUCAUGUGAAAUGCGUACAUGUUGGAGAUCAUUACCGAAAUUUCGUAAUUUAGGUGCACAAUUACAAGAAAGAUUUCAUGAAGCUAAACAAGUUACCUACAUACAAAAUCGUUUAGUUUCCAUUAAAGCAUUAGAACAAUUAAAUAAAGAAUCGAAUGGAAAUUUACUUUUACUGUCUCAACCCACUUUAUUAUCAUCAGCAUCAUCAUCAUCAUCAGCUUCAGCAUCGAAUGGAGCUGCAAUAUCAUCAGGAAUUAAUCGAAAUAAUUUAGAUUUAUUGACUAGUUCAACAUCAUCAUCAUCAUCAUCAUUAUCUUUACCAUCUCCAACAGAAAAUGAUUUAAUUUAUAUAAGUGAAUCACCAACAUUUUGUCAUCAUGAUCCACGUUAUGGUAGUAUUGGUACAUAUGGACGUCAAUGUGAUGAAAAUUCUCAAGGUUUAAAUAGUUGUCAUUAUUUAUGUUGUGGUCGAGGUUUUAAACGACAAACAUUUAUUCAACAAGAACGAUGUGAUUGUAAAUUUCAAUGGUGUUGCAAAGUUGUCUGUAAAACAUGUCGUAAAACAGUAGUCAUAUCUACAUGUAAUUAAUCACUAUGCAUAUACAUAUACAUAUAUACAUAUAUAUACAUAUAUAUAUAAGUGUAUUCCUUGUUUUUUUUUGUUAACGGUUUCAA